AAAAACCCUGCUGAAGGCAAGUUAUGCAACAGUGAGAGCAGAGCAGCUUGUGCCAGCGGUGGGAGGGCUCCAGAACCUCAUGCAGCUGAUAUGAGGAGAGCCUGCACCCGAACACCCAUCUGAAUACGGGACAGCCUGGAGACCAACCACAGCCUCCGGAGAACCAUGACCUCCACUCCUGCUCUUCUCCUCCUCGCCCUGGGCCUGACUGUGGUGCAGGGCCAGCUGAGGCUCUUCAACCUGCGAGCCACCGACCUCCCUUCAGACCUCCUGGGAACCACAGACGGCUACGUCAAAGUCUACAGUGGCUCCGAGUAUUUGGGUAAAACGGCAGUCCGCAAAAACGACCCCGACCCCUGGUGGGAGGAGGAAUUCACGCACUUCAAGGCCAAAGAAGGCGACGAGCUGAAACUGGAGGUUUUCGACCAGGACCUGCUCUUCGACGACCUAGUGGGAGUCUGCCAAAGACAGAUGAAGCUGGGCACCUACACGCACGACUGCUACCUGGAGAAGGGAGGAGUCAUCACCUACUCCUAUACCCUCGAUAACAUCAAUCAGUAGGCUGGUGGGCUGCUCGCCAUAAGUCAUGUAGCGCCUGCAAUGUCCAGUUAGGCGGCUGUUCAGAUCUGGUUUCCUUCAAUAAACCGUCUUACUGUAUCAAGA